AUGAACGAAGCAGAAGAACUGAAGUCUCUAGCUAGCGGUUUGAGCGAAGCUAGCAUUAUUCAGAGACCUCAUCUCGAGGACGAUAAAGAAGAGAUUGAUCCAAAUGAUAAUGGUAAUGGCAAGCAUCACAUCACGAUUAGUCCUACUAACACGACAGGAAACUGUGUACCGUCGAGAAGAAGUCCGAUGCGGACUUUGACGACUCCGGGAAAGUACCAGCAAGAGUUGGCACUUCCGGAACGGUAUUUGGAGAGAAAGCCUACUGUUGAGGUGGAAGCGAAGGGUUUCUACUACUUUGUUUCUUUCAUGAAACAGCUUCGGAUUACGUUGUUUGACGGGACGUUGAAUAAGCUAGACGCCUUUUACACCAACAUGUGGUCGUGGCCCGUGUUCAAGAACAUGAUGACGUUCUACCAAGAACACAAGGACACCAAGGGCCUUGGAACAUGUUUGCAAGUGUUACGCUGCUGUGUGGAAACACGUACGCUUGUGUUUCUAUUCUUGUUUCCCGCUGGUAUUGUGUGCUACAAACAGGACAAGGACGUUGGCUCUGUGAUUUGUAAUUUGUUGGCGUUAAUGUACUUUGCCAAGCUACUUUCCAACGCAACGGAGUACGCGAGCGAACAUUUCGGCCCGGUGUUUGGUGCCUUGCUCAAUGCCACUUUCGGUAACUUGGUCGAGUUGGUCAUCUCUGGAACCACGGUGUCCAAAGACGACGCCGUGCUUACAAUCACGUCCUUGAUCGGUAGUGUUUUGUCAAACAAUAUGUUGGUGUGCGGUACGUGUUUCUUUUUCGGUGGUUUAGACGGUAUGCAAAUGCAUGCCAAGAACGCCAUUGCCAACCACAUGCUUUUCCUUUCGUGCAUCACCUUGGCCCUCUCGUUGACCUCAGUGAUUGCUGUUAUAGAUUCUGGCAAGUCGCUCAAAUUCAAAGAAAACACCUCGCAGAUCGGCGCUACCUUGAUAUUCGUGUGCUACAUCGUGUACCUAAUAGCAUCAGCCAACCAAGAGUUCAAGACCUUGAGCAAUGAAAAGAGCAAGGAAGAGGAAAGACUUCUGGCAGACACAGAGUCCUCCGCCUCUGAUUCCCAACUCCAAUCCCUGCACACAGCCGAGCCCGGAGAAGAAGAAGAAGAAGAAGAAACGAAAAAUUUACCACCAAAGCUCGUGUGUUUCAUCACCUUGGCUAUCGCAACCGCAGGCCUUGGUCCAACCGGUAACUUCUUCGUCGAAUCCCUAAAACGACUCACAGACGACAAGCCAAUUUCCAAGGUCUUCAUCGGUUUGAUCGUGUUGCCCUUGGCCGGGUCGCUACCAGAACACAUCUCGUCCUUGAUUGCUGCUUACCACGGUGGAAUGGACCUCUCCGUCUCGUUGGCCGUGGGGUCCAGUAACCAGAUUCUUGGUAUGGUGCUUCCGAUCAUCCAGUUUAUCUCCUCGAGAUACCCAAAAACAGGCUUCACCUUGUACUUCGAACCCUACGUCGCGGGCUACCUAUUCGUCUCAACAUUCGUCUGCUGCUUUACGUUGAUCCAUGGUCUCUUGUUUUCUGUCAACGUGUUGCACGGAACCCUCUUGCUAGUCACUUACGGUAUUAUCGUAUACUUGACAUUCGCUAAUUGA